AUCAGAAAUAUGUCAUAUUUCGUUCAAACUUUUCCAAAUAUAUAAAAACUUCUAAAACUUUUUGGCUGUACCUAACCAAAAUUGCCAACUAGCCAUGAAUGUACCAAUUGUAUGGAUUACGGGUGGACCAAGCAGCGGCAAGACGACUCUAGCGCAGAAUAUAGUUCAGAAAUAUGGCUACAAGCAUGUGGAUAUCAACGCAAUGGUAGAGCACGAGAUUGAAGCCGAAUCGGAGCAGGGCAAUCAAUUUGCUGCAACAGUCAAUGAUGCCCAAGUGGUGCCUUUGGGGGAUAUCAUACUGCAGGUGGAGUCGGAUAUAAUGGGCAACAGAAGCGGCGUUAGAGGCUUUGUCAUUGACGGCUAUCCGCAAAAUCAAGAGGAUGCCAAUUUGUUGGAGCAGCGCAUUGGCUCGCCGGACUUGAUAAUUGCACUGGAUGUGGGCCAGGAGACGCUUGAAACGCGUCGCUCCGCCCAGGGUGCACGACCCAGCAUAACGGCUCACAUGUAUCAGCUUAAUAUGCAGGCCAUACUGGAACAAUAUGGCAGCAAAACCCUGCAAAUUAACGGGGAUCGCGAUGCCUAUGCUGUCUUCGAAGAAGUUAUACCCAACCUGGAGGUACUGGACAGGAGGGGCGAAUCUCACAUAUCAAUGGGCCCAUAGGCACGACAAUAUGUUGGAUACAUUGCCAUAUUAAUCAAAAUUGAUAGCUUUAAUAAUAUACAUUUGGAAACUUGA